ACUUUAUCCAAUCUCUCUUUCUCAUUUAUAAAUGAGCUUCAGAUGCUUCACUUGCCAAAUUCAGCAUCGAGAUUAUUCCUUGCAGCAGGCUUCCUCACUCUUUCAAUUUUUUGUCCUUAUUCUCUUCUCUCUCUCUCUCUCUCUCUCUCUCUCUCUCGUCUGAAAAAAGGUAUAUUCCUCUUAAAAACUGAUCAUUUUCAGCUCAAGAUCUUAGAGAAGUUGAAUGUUAUUCGUCCAUGUCUUUAACUCUUACGACUCUAUCAGCAAUUUUUUUCAUGCUCUUAAUUUGAUCAUCUAGCUAGGAUCUCUUUCUUCCAUUUCAUACUGUUUCCAAUGAAAAAAGAAUUUAGGCCAUCAUUUUAGCUUCCUCCCCUUAUUUAUAAUUGAGUUUUCUUAAGAAAGUCCCUCAGAUUUCUUCCACCAGCUAAAAGUAGAAAACUAAAGGUUCAUUUUUUGUUAACAAGGAUCCAAAGGAUCUAACAUAAUUUCCAAAGGGUCCCAAGAAUCCCAGGAUAAAUUAGCUUCCCAUUCGUUUAAUACAUUGGAGAGAGAGAUGAAUAGUUCAACCCAAAAAGGGGAAAUGCCAUUUCCAAGAAGCUGCAUUCAUGCUGAAGGAAAUGGUCACGUAGUUCCUUAUUCAGAAUCCCAACCCUCAAAAUCAAAUGGUGCAAGCCCUCCAUGUCCAAGUCCAACUUUGGAGGAUCACAGACCCCACAAGAAAGUGGUAAGGUACAAGGAAUGCCUCAAGAACCAUGCAGCAACAAUUGGAGGGAAUGCAACUGAUGGGUGUGGUGAGUUUAUGCCAAGUACUGGAGAUGAAGGCACCAUUGAAGCCCUCAAGUGUUCAGCCUGCAACUGCCACAGAAACUUCCAUAGGAAAGAGAUAGAAUCUCACUGUUCCUCUCAAUGUUACCACACCCCUUUGAUACUCAACAAUGCAAUUCUGGGGUCACCAAUAGGGUACCCUGCAAACUCCUUGAUAGUGUCCUACAAAAGUGGAUCAGUCCCCUCAGAGUCUGAUGAGAAGGAUGAUGAUGAUGAUGAUGGAUGUGGUGUUGUGGCAAGACCAGCUGAAAAGGUGAGAAAGAGGUUUAGGACCAAGUUCACAAAAGAACAGAAGGAAAAGAUGUUGAGCUUUGCAGAGAAGGCUGGGUGGAAGAUGCAGAAGCUAGAAGAAUCUACUGUGCAGCAGUUCUGCCAAGAGACUGGGAUCAAGAGGAGAGUCCUCAAGGUGUGGAUGCACAACAACAAACACAAAUUUGCACUAAAUAGCUAGAUGAAUCUAUUGUGCAACAAAACUAUUUUCACAUUUUAUUUAUUUCUUUUUCUCAUUUAAGAUUGCCAUUUGCUGAUUGUUUUUUGGUUAUAUAAAUGUUAGUCUAGUUUAGUGUAGUGUUUGUCAGUUUCAGCAAAUGGCAAAUGUCCAUGCUUAUGAAGUUUGUAAAAUUGUUUCAUUUAUCAUCUUUGUUUGUUUCAUCUCUCUCUCUCUCUCUCUCUCUAAACACGUUCCUCUUUUUUCAGUUUGAAUUAGA